CCGUCUCCGGUUGGUCGACCACCGCAACACGUUAGUGUGGGGGCGGGGCCACGGCUGGUUGGAUUACGCGGGUCUCGGGGGGCGCCGAAUUGAGGGCGCGGAUCGGUGUGCGCAGGACUCUGUUUGGUGGGUCACGAAGAACCAAGCAGGCCUUUGGGAGUCCUGAGAGUCUAGUGAUUUGGGGGGACCCUCCGUUCUGCUGUGGGCCUGCCUGAUCAGACGCUGGAGGCGGGCCCUGGUUCGUGGGCCCGGGGCGACCUUCCAGCUGUGAGGACGUCAGGACAGCAGGGCCGCAUGGCUGCAAAACUCCAGCCCAGCGCUCCCAAACCCAGGCAUCUGGGCGGCGCCGCCCUCGAUGGGGACGGCCCCCGGGGACAGUGGGGCCGCGCCUGGGAGGUGGACUGGUUCUCCCUGGCGAGCGUGCUGCUCCUGCUGCUCUUCGCCCCCUUCAUCGUGUACUUCUUCAUCAUGGCGUGCGGCCAGUACAGCUGCUCACUCACGGCCCCGCUGCGGGACCUGGCCGCCGGCCGCGUGCGGCUGUCCGACAUCUGGGCCAGGACGCCGUCCCUGACGAAGGAGGCGGCCCAGAUCUACGCCCUGUGGGUCUCGUUCCAGGUGCUCCUGUACGUGGCGCUCCCUGACGUCUGCCACAAGUUUGUGCCUGGCUACGUGGGAGGCGUCCAGGAGGGCGCCGUGACUCCUGCAGGGGUCAUCAACAAGUACCAGGUCAACGGCCUGCAGGCGUGGCUCAUCACACACCUGCUCUGGUUCGCCAACUCCCACCUCCUGGGCUGGUUCCCUCCCACCGUCAUCUUCGACAACUGGAUCCCGCUGCUGUGGUGCGCCAACAUCCUGGGCUACGCCGUGUCCACCUUCGCCAUGGUCAAGGGCUACCUCUUCCCCACCAACGCCCGAGACCGCAAAUUCACAGGCAACUUCUUUUACAACUACAUGAUGGGCAUCGAGUUUAACCCCCGAAUUGGGAAGUGGUUUGACUUCAAGCUUUUCUUCAACGGACGCCCCGGGAUCGUCGCCUGGACCCUCAUCAACCUGUCCUUUGCCGCAAAGCAGCGGGAGCUCUACGGCCACGUGACCAACUCCAUGAUCCUGGUCAACGUGCUGCAGGCCAUAUACGUGCUGGACUUUUUCUGGAACGAGACCUGGUACCUGAAAACCAUCGACAUCUGCCACGACCACUUCGGGUGGUACCUGGGCUGGGGCGACUGCGUGUGGCUGCCGUACCUGUACACGCUGCAGGGCCUGUACCUGGUGUACCACCCCGUGCAGCUGUCCGCACCCCACGCCGCGGGCGUCCUGCUGCUGGGCCUGCUGGGCUACUACGUCUUCCGGAUGGCCAACCACCAGAAGGACCUGUUCCGGCGCACGGACGGCCGCUGCCUCAUCUGGGGCGCGAAGCCCAAGGUCAUCGAGUGCAUGUACACGUCGGCCGACGGGCGGAGGCACCACAGCAAGCUGCUGGUGUCGGGCUUCUGGGGCCUGGCCCGCCACCUCAACUACACGGGCGACCUCCUGGGCAGCCUGGCCUACUGCCUGGCCUGCGGCGGCGGCCACCUGCUGCCUUACUUCUACAUCAUCUACAUGACCAUCCUGCUGACCCACCGCUGCCUGCGGGACGAGCACCGCUGCGCCAGCAAGUACGGCGGCGACUGGGCGCGCUACACCGCCGCCGUGCCGUACCGCCUGCUGCCCGGAAUCUUCUAGACGGCCGCCGCCCAGGGAGAGCCCUGCCCCCACGCUGGGGCCAUAGGAGCGUUCGGAGCCGGUCUGUGGGGGCUGACCUCCCAGCUCCCCCCUCCGGAAGCCUUCGUCUCCUCCUCUGCAAACUGGAAAGCGCCUGCCACCAGGCGGGCAUCUCGUGACUGUCCGUGCGUGUCCCUUCCCUGAGUCCCAAGGGGACUGCAGGGGUCACCGCAGCGGCCUCCUCACCAGCAGACGUGACCCGUGUUCCCUGUUCAGUGUUCCGAGUGCAGGAGGACGACUGUGCCCCUCCCGCCAGCCCAUCGAUGGCAGUGUCUCUCCCGUUGGGGACUCCAGGCGGGACGGCUUCCAGCCCUCGGGUCAAGAGAAGCGGGACGGGAGGCGUGCCCAGUGCCGGGUCACGGCCUUCAGCCCACAGCCGCCCUUACCACCUGCUCUUGACCGUGGGCUGCUCCGUCGGCGUCUGUCUGCACCGCACACACACGACGGUGAACUUGUCGGCAGAGCGGGCUGCGGGUCACACUGCACGGGGAAGGGGCUUCUCCCUCUGGGUCCGGGACGCCCUUUUGUUUCCUGUGGCUCACGGGUGCUGGGGCUGGGGUGACACCAGCCAGGCCUGACUGCGCCAGGCCAACCUGAGGUCCCCAAGCUGACUCCCUCUGGCAUCUGGCAUCUGGCCACCCGGCCGCCCAUCCUAGAGGGCGUUUCCCGCCGGCCCGGUAACUGCGCACAAACCAGCCCACCAUUCGGGGGGCCCGCCCCCCGGUGCCUUCUCCAAUGAGGCCUGCGCCCCGGCCUUGGGAAGGGGCCCCCUUUCCAGGGCUCCCUUAACCUCGGCCGCUCCCUCUGUUCUCGGGGAUUCUUGAAACUCUGUUCACAUCACUGCCCUAGCAGACAACAGUUCUUUAUAUUAAACUUCCCGGUCCA